CAAGCGAUAGAUUUUGGAUUUGUGUACAAAAUGACGCUKUUCAGCGCUGCUAAUGCCUCAAAUUUUGUUAAAGUUUGUUCUUUUAGUCAGAGGAGGUYAAUAUCCAAAUGGAUUUCAGAUUUGAAAGCUCUCAUCCCAAAGGAGCCACAAAUUCGCCAAGUUGGAGAUCCGAUCCUUCGAGAGCAGGCUGAACCAGUWGAACUGGGUUUCAUCCAUUCACCUGACUUCAAGGCAAUGGUCGAGCGUAUGAUUAAGAAAAUGCGUAGCCACAAUGGUGCAGGAAUCGCUGCGCCACAAAUUGGUGUUGGUUUACAAGUCAUCGCAAUGGAAUAUACCGGAAUGCAUAUCAAGAAACUUAAAGACAAUGGGUUUUCCGAUAAAGAACUYAAACGGAUGGGAAUUGCUCUGGUUCCUCUUAAGGUUUUUAUUAAUCCUCGUCUAAAGAUAAUAGACCCUAGAAUGGUGGCUUUCAGAGAGGGCUGUUUAAGYCUUGAGGGAUUCAGUGCAUUGGUACCAAGGGCUCGCGAAGUUGAGGUAUCUGCCUUAGAUUUGUCYGGGAACCCUGUGUCGUGGCACGCUGGCGGAUGGCCGGCAAGAAUUCUUCAGCACGAAGUUGAGCAUUUGAAAGGAAAUCUGUAUAUUGACUCAAUGCUGUUUAAAACGUUUAUGAAUAAUAAGUGGCCAAAGUAUCAAGAAUAAUUUUGGGGACAAACACACAGGGACCCCAGAUUAUAUACAUGUAGUUUGUGAAAAAGCUACAGAUUUUUGUUGCAUAUUCAAUGGAAUUUUGUAUAUUUUGUUGCAUUUGACAAUGCACAAAAUAAUUUCAUUAUCUAUUGAGCCUACAAUCUUGCGCACAAUAAUGCAUUCUAAUUUUCCCUGAAACAUCUUUUUGCAUGGCUAUAAUCUGCUUUGUUGCUUCGCUCUCUGUUGGAAAAUGGCCAUAUCGAUAAAUUCCAUUAAUAUGUUUUUAAGCAUCAAAAAUAAUUAAACAAACAAAGAAAAAUGUAACAUACCAGAGAAAGUAAAGUAGAAAUUGAAAUGAUAAGAUACUACAUAAUUGAGUUCAAAAAUGAAAGUAAAAUCAUUCAAGCUUAGACCCACUUUCAGCCAGGAUCUUUCUGCAUAAAGAUAUAGUUGAAUCAAUGCAUGGUUGAACAGCAUAAAGACAUAAUCAUGCCUAUUAUGUA